ACGUACGCCACGUCUCUCGACCGCCUAAACUUGAAACAACGAUCUGUUUUCACACUUUCAUUCUCUGGAAACCAACUUUCACAAGAAAAUGUCUGGCCGUGGAAAGGGAGGCAAGGGUCUGGGAAAGGGGGGAGCCAAGAGGCACAGGAAGGUGCUCCGAGAUAACAUUCAGGGUAUCACCAAGCCGGCGAUUCGAAGGUUGGCUCGUAGAGGUGGUGUGAAGAGGAUCAGCGGCUUGAUCUACGAGGAGACACGUGGCGUCCUCAAGAUCUUUCUGGAAAAUGUAAUCCGUGACGCGGUUACCUAUACGGAGCACGCUAGGCGAAAGACUGUUACUGCCAUGGACGUCGUCUACGCUCUCAAGAGGCAGGGCAGGACUCUCUACGGUUUCGGUGGUUAGGUUGAUUUAGCGGGGUUGAUUGCUUGGAUUGUAAAUCUUUUGCAUCAGUUUGUUGUAGGCUUUUGUUUGACUCUUCUGUAGUUGGAUGUUUUAGGCUUUUAUUGUUUUGGUUUCUAUUGUUAGAAUGUAUUUUGAUUUCAUUCUGAAACGAAAUUUGUCUCAGAAUUUCAUGUUGAAAUUCAAUUUAAGUUCUUAAUAUUGUCUUUUAAAAAUUGUGAUU